UAAACUCUGCCAAAAUCAAUGAAACAAUUAGAGGAACAAAUUGAGAGGUUCAAGGAAGCUCUAUUUGAAGAUUCUGAUGCGGCAGACUCGGAUUCUUCCAUAGGAGAAUCAUUAACGAAUCGUGGAUUAAAGAGAAAAAAGAAUUCUAAAUCUGCCUAUUAUGGCUCUAUGGGCAAUUCGAGGGGUACUUCUGUCGACGUCGACUACUAUAGUAUUGGAAAUACAAAACGGGGCGUUAUUUCACAUUAUCGAAGGUGCUCUGAACCAGAAUGGUUAGACCAUGAUAAUCCUUACCACGAUAUUAACAUUAAUGAAACCAUGGCUCCUUUAGCGAACCCCCAACAGAUCUUUACCCAUCCUGGCAUUGCAUACAUCUUUGAACAGAAUUAUCUCGAUGUUUUAGCUGCUUCCGCACAUGAAAGCAUCUCUUCUGAACAUAAAUAUGCUGCUCAGCUCCAGCAAUUACUGUCGGCUUUAUUAGGCGACGAUCCGUCUCUCACAGACCCACCUCAUGAGGUGUUUGGGAUUACUCCGGAACAGUGCAAGGGUCUUACAGAAACUGUACAGAAAGCUCUUGAGAAAAGUAGAGAGUUUAUUCGGUGUUGGUCAAAUGUACGAAUGGAUUUGCUACGCGCAAUCCGUUUUAAAGAAAAAGUUUUGACUUAUUGCCAAGGGGAAAACUAUGAUGGUAUGAUGAAUCACGAGGACAAGGAUCCUCAAAAAAAUGAAUAAUACUUUAUAAAAAUUGAUGUCUUUUGUCUUUCCUAUCACGUUAUGAAAUGCUUGGGGGACCCUCAAGGCCUUUUACUACAUUAUAUAUACGUUUCUCUGUACAUUAAUUGUCUCAUUUAAUGGAUUAGUGAAUUUCUCCUCUUCAGAUAUUUGUUUUGUUUGAAUCGACUUGUUCACUUAUUUUUGACGAUAUGAGGAUUUUGCAAAGAUAUUGAACUUGAAAAUGACUCUUUUUUUUAUUUUUAUUUUAAACAACUUCGGUAUAUUCAAGAUGAACAUGAAACUUGGACGCUUUGCACUAUGAAACGCUAUCAUCUGAAAGUCGAUCAAAUUAGCCAGAGCAAGUAAAUCCUUAUACUUAACCGAACCUUGCUAUUUAUUUAUUUUUUUACCAAGAUCACUUUGACAUGACAAUGUGAUGAAAAAAUUUCCAUUGGGACAUACUGUAUCCAGCAGAGCUUACGUGGUAAUGAAAAAUUCUCUUUGCGAGCCUGCUCAAGAUGAAACGAAUAUCAUUUAACUGUUUUCCAUAAUGGGCGUUGCUUACACCUGUUACAUACAAUAUUUCUCUGCUUAUACUUUUAAAGGACUAUUUCAAAAAGGCGAUUGAUCGUCGGCAUCUGUGAGUUCGGAGAUCAUCGUCCUUAUACUGUCCCAUUUUUUCACUUAAAAUUUCACCAAGAUACGAUCUUUCAUUUCAUUGCCCAGUGUUAACGCAUCGUUUUACGAUUACCGAAACUAGAUUGCUACCCUAUAAAAAUUUAAGAUAUAGAUUUUAAAGGUGAUACACUGAAACAAACUGAUCAAAGAUACGAUCAUCAGAAGGCUUCUGAUCUCUGAAAUUAUAUAUAUUGGCUUCCUCUGAGCUGAUCUAUUCCUUUAAUUCUCCGACUUUUUCUUUUUUUUUUGUUCAACCCUUUCCUAGAAAAAUACUGCACCUUGGAUUGCAGCCUUAGUUAAUUGUGCGACCUAAUUCCAAGUACAUCUGAUUUUUGCACUUCAUCGCUAAACAUCCUUAUAUUACCGAUCGCAUCUGUAUCAUUUAAGUCAAAGCAAUUUGACCAUCACUGUCAUUAUAACCUCUUCAAAUACCGGAGUUUAUAAUUUUUUGA